AUGGACGACCUAGAGAUCGACCCAGCUAUCGCAGAAGCAAUGGGCUUCACCAGCUUCGGCAGUAAACGUCGCAAGCACACCGCACGCGCAGACGACGCUUUCAUCGACGACAGCGGCAAUCAGAUUGCAGCUAGCACUGGCGCGAAUGACGUCCCACUAGGCAAAAGACCGGCAGUGAGCGCCACACAGGAGCAGUUUCAAGAGCAAGGAGACACAAAUAUGACGACGGUGGUUGCGACAGAGCAAGAACAGGAGAGAGACACAAGAGAGGAAGGAAAGGCGGAGGCAGAUGACUGGACUCCUGGUUUUCCGUCGCGUGAAGAGCUUGCGGCUUUGAGGAGGGGCGUCAAGAAUGCUAGGGGUGAUAUGGUUGUUUUUAUGCCGUCGUUUAUUGAGGAUCCGUGGAAAGGACUUGCUUGA